UGUAAGUAACUGGUAACUAAUUAUAUUUUGUAAAUAAUUAUUUUUGAGUUUUAUUUGAAUCUAUCGAAAUGAGCAAGGCUUUGGAAGGAAAAAAUUUAAAUAUUUAUGCAGAAUGUGAAAACAUUAAGCGAAGUAAACCCGACGUUCGUGUUACUGAAGAAAUAGCAAGGGAAAUCGGGCGCAACUACCGGACGCUGCCCGCGUUCGAGAAGGGUCUAUUCGACUACAUCUACACGAAGCACUAUUCCCUGGACACCAACGAGUUGCUGCGCUGCCGCUGGCGGCAGUACAAGAAGCAUAUAGAGCGACGGGUGAUCGCGCCCUGCCAAUUCCCUUGCAAUAGGGAUUUACACUUCUACAACGGUUGCAUUCGAUUCAUGCCGUCCGAAUCGAUAUAUCGAUUGGCCGAGCAUCGGAUGAAGCUGCGUCCCGGGCCGGGCGUCGACUUCCGCGGGCAGGUGCCCAUCCCACAGGAGCUGCUGAUGAGGCGCGGGAACGCCGACAAACAAGAUGGCGCCAAAGUACCAACGUCCAAGAAAGAGAACAAAAUUAAAAAGAUAUAA